GCAAGGUAACUCUCAAAGCUCAAACGCAUUAACAACCACAACACGCUCGAAGCGCGCGACUUUUUAGUUACAAUUUUAAACAAUCGAAAGAAACUAACCAAAUUUUACACAAAAUGAAUUUCAGUGGUGUCUUCAUCCUACUCGCUGUUCUUAUGGCAAUCUUUGCCGGACAGACUGAAGCUGGGUGGCUGAAGAAGCUUGGCAAGAAAAUUGAACGCGUCGGUCAACAUACACGAGAUGCCACGAUACAGACGCUCGCUGUGGCUCAACAGGCCGCCAAUGUUGCUGCGACGGUCAGGGGUUAACCAAUUUACCUACGAAUUGCAGAUGGACUAUUUUCAAACAAAGCUUUAAUUUAUGUUUGUUUACCUUAUAGUAUUACUAGCAAAUCGUAAUUUA